AUGAGACAAAUCUCCCAUUGGUUGGAAAGUGCAGCGUCGAUUGCUGGAAUGGCCAUGUUGGGAGUGUCCGUGUACUGGAGUGCCACCACCUACGGGGCAUUCACUGUUGUCCAAAUUUUGGGUCCCAGAGAUGCCGGUCGCUGGUUUGACAGAUGCAGUAUGGGCGACCUUCUGUUGGGUCUUCCUUGCAUUCCUCUGGCACUUCUCUCAUGCCGGAGAAUCAGUCUGCAUAACCAAUUGGUCGAAUUUGUGACAAUGAGCAGUCCUGUGGAGGAAGUGGAGGAGGACGAGGAAUCUGCUUUACAGUGCCGGAUAUGUUUGCAGUAUGAAGAGGAAGACGUGGAGAGUGUACUGAUAAGUCCAUGUGCAUGUAAGGGGACUAACAAGUGGGUUCAUCAGAGUUGUAUAAACACGUGGAUAGACUUGAAACAAGAUAGAAAUAUGGACACCGUGGAGUGCUCUCUUUGUAGACACAACUAUUGCAUAAUAUACCCCAAAUCAGAAGUGAUGAGACAAAUCUCCCAUUGGUUGGAAAGUGCAGCGUCGAUUGCUGGAAUGGCCAUGUUGGGAGUGUCCGUGUACUGGAGUGCCACCACCUACGGGGCAUUCACUGUUGUCCAAAUUUUGGGUCCCAGAGAUGCCGGUCGCUGGUUUGACAGAUGCAGUAUGGGCGACCUUCUGUUGGGUCUUCCUUGCAUUCCUCUGGCACUUCUCUCAUGCCGGAGAAUCAGUCUGCAUAACCAAUUGGUCGAAUUUGUGACAAUGAGCAGUCCUGUGGAGGAAGUGGAGGAGGACGAGGAAUCUGCUUUGUAUUCAAUGUUGGGUUCCUUCUCCUCUGCUCUCUUUUUCCCCACAAUAUCAAUAUAUUUGGGUCGACUUAUGUUUAGUGGUGAUGCACUCAGGCAGACUAUUUUGGUUGGGUUAUCAGUAUUUAUAUUCAGGGAGGACUUGCCUUUGUUGUAGGAAAGACUCUCAUCAAGACGUAUUAUCAUCAUCAAAUGCGAAUCAGACGGGA